AUGCUAGUUUUCUUGAAAGGCCCCUAAGCUAGUACGUUACUCUUUCAGCUUCUCGCCUCCGAGAUCUCCCCGCUCCGGCGAGCGAGCGGAGCUUGCAGGGGAAGAAGGCUUCCGGAUGCCUUCUCCUCCCACGAUGCUCGUGCCGAAGCGCAUCAACUACGUGGCCCCGAUGCUGGCCUCCGCCGCCAUCCUGCUCCUCCUCCUCUCCGGCUACUUCGAGCUCCCGUCCAUAACCACCGCCCCGCUGCCCCCCAUCGUCCCCUUCGCCACCGGGGCGGGCCGCCGCGUCGAGACGGCGGUCGAUUCCGUCGGCUCCCGCGAGCGGUCCGCCUUCACCUCACUCCUCGCGGCCUUCGGCGCCUGGGACGCCGCCGUCGGGUGCCCCCGCAUGCGGGCCAAGAUCGGCGCCGCCGCCAAUUCCACGACGGCGUCCGCCAUGGCCUGCAUCACCGGCGGCUCCGCGUGGGGAGGCGCCAACAGGUGCGAGGAGAUGAGGACGCGCCACGUAGGGGUGUUCGUCAAGGGGUGGACGUGGAUCCCCGACGCGCUCGACGGCGUGUACACCUGCCGCUGCGGGGUCAGCUGCGUCUGGAGCAAGGCCGCCGCCGUCGUCGACCGCCCCGACGCUAUGCUCUUCGAGGGCGCCACGCCGCCGCAGCAGAGAAUGAAAGGUCUGCCUCUUCGUGUUUAUCUCGAUCUGGAGGCUGGUAGGAAUCCAACUGGUUUCGAGGAUAUUUUUAUAGGUUACCAUGCCAAUGAUGAUGUCCAAGUAACUUAUGCUGGAAAAUCUUUCCACAGUAGCCGGAGUUACCAUGUAUCAAUUGAAAAGAGAAAUGAUGCACUUAUCUACUGGUCAUCUUCAAGGUGUCUUCCUCAUAGAGACAAGCUUGCAAAAGAUAUCCUCUCAUUGGUGCCACACCAUUCCUUUGGGAAAUGUUUGAAUAAUGUUGGUGGUCCUGACAUGGCAUUAUCCAUGUAUCCAGUUUGCUCAAACAAUGAGAACGGAUCACCACACUGGUGGGAUCACCUACACUGCGCAAUGUCACAUUACAAGUUUGUUCUUGCAAUCGAGAACACCCAGACGGAAAGUUAUGUGACAGAGAAGCUAUUCUACGCGUUGGAGGCUGGGUCAGUGCCAAUAUACUUUGGUGCACCCAAUGUCUGGGAUUUUGUUCCCCCAAAUUCGAUCAUUGAUGCCUCCAAAUUCAUCUCUCUUAAAGAACUUGCAUCAUAUGUGAAAGCGCUUGCGAAUGAUCCUGUGGCCUAUGCAGAAUACCAUGCAUGGAGGAGGUGUGGUAUUCUUGGUAACUUUGGCAGGACACGUGAAAUGAGCCUUGACACACUGCCCUGCCGGCUCUGCGAACUAGUUAGCAAGAGAGGUGGUAGGAGUGCAGAUUCAUUGUGAUUGACUGGUGAUACCGUUGUGUCUUGUAUACUUUGAUUUGAUGAAUGAUGAGAACCGAAUGACUUGCAAGUGGCAACAAAUGGUGCGGCAGCACUUCAAAUGAAGAUAAAGUGCUCACAUUAUCAAAUAGAAAAAGUUGGUAUUUUUCCGAUACAACACGAGUAGCCUUUUUUAUAUUCUUUUCUCAGUCUCUUUUUGUCUCAUAGACUGUAGUUGAGAGAUGUAUACAGAGAGGCUCAUGUUUGUAGGCAAAAAAAAAGCUCUCACGGGUGCACUUUAUCCUGUUAAUAUGAAUAUAUGAUACAGGUCAUAUGACCAUUUCUUCUAAAGAGGUACUGACAAAUUAAAGAAA